UUGGCAUUGCUGCCGCCACCGCCGCCGUUGUCAUCUGCCUUGACUGACAAAGUCCGCCGUUUUCAUGGUGCCCUGGAGGACGUCGCCGCCGCUGGAGAAGAGGAAGUCCGGCGAGAGCGGGAUGCCGGCGGGCGGUGGCUGACGGCAGACGGCGGUGGCGGUCGACAGCGGGCGUCGACUGGUGGCAGUGGAGGAUUGUCGGCGGAGCGAGACAUAUGUGCGUGUAUCUCUAACGAGAUGUCUUACAACACGGAUAAUCCAAAUUGCCGUUGUGGGUUGCGAGCUGAAAUUCGCACUUCGUGGAAAACUCCAAAUUGUGGAAGAAGAUAUUUCUCGUGCCUCCAUUGGCCUGGAGGAGGAUGCAAGUAUUUUGGAUGGGUCGAUCCUCCUCUUUGUGCCCGUGCUCAACAAAUAAUUCCUGGGUUGCUCAGGAGAUUGAAUGAAAUGGAAAAAUCAAGUAAGAGUGCUGACAUUGAAAAAUUCGAGGUUCUGAAGUUUGAAGAAGAAAACAAUAAAUUGAAGAAACUCAAUUUUCAGUUUGAAGAAAAAAACAAGAAGUUGAAGAAACUCAAUUUUGAGUUUGAAGAAGAAAACAAGAAACUGAAGGCAGAAAUUCUGAAAUUGAAGUAUGAGAGUGCCAAAAAAACAAGACUUCUAAAGAUGUUAGUAGCAUUAUUGAUAAUUUGGAGUUUGGUGUUUUUCUUUUGUGGCUCUCAGACAGAUGAUGAAAAGAUGGUGAAUAAUUGA